AUGGUUGAAAUGGAAGAGACCCUGGACGACCUCUUUGGUGACCCGGGCGGACUGGAGUUGAGCCUGACCGCAGCCGUUCCAGCAAAAGCUUUACCAGCACGAAUCGACGAACUGCGAAUUCUAGGAUGUUGUCAAAAAAUUGCCUGGUCCAAGAUGGGCGCAAUCGCGUACAUCGCGCCAGACGGAUCAAAAGCAUUUCUACGAAACCUCAGCUGUAGUCCUGAGGAUGGGAAAUGGAGUCUGAGUGAUGGAGAUCCUGAACACCCCAUCGCUGAGGCACAGGGCGGGCACACUCUGGUCCAUCUCUCGUGGAACGAGCCCGGGAUAGACCUUGCCAUCGUUGACUCCUGUGGGCGUAUAUCGGUUAUUGGAAUGUCGAUAGGCCUGAAUGUUCUAAUCCAAUCACGUCCGGCGGCUUUGGAUCCAGACGAUGAUGGGAAUCAGCCUGUUGGGCUCAUGUGGCUUUCCAUGAACCGCUCGGUACAUACCUUUAGCCACGCUGGCAGAGCAAAUGGUCGAUGGGCCUAUGUUAGAUACCCACGCAGACCAAUGGGACCAAUUCAUCCCUUGCACAAGCUGGCUUUGCUCGUUGUUACGAGAUCUGGCAAACUAAGGCUGCUUUAUCAAAACCAGGAAUCUAAAUGGGGAGAUAUGGUCGUUGAAUUGCAUAACACAGGCUAUACUGAUGAUGUUUUAACACAUGCCUCCAUGACCCCAGUGGACGGUGGCGGAAUCAUGAUUGUAACUCACUCUACGAGCAACGAGUUACGGCUCUACCGUGCUCAGCUUAAGUGGGAAGGCGCACCGGUAGAUCCGAAUCAUCAACGGCCCAAUAAUUCUAUUGCGAUACCCAGUAUCCAGCUGGUCCAUAUCGAGGUUGAAGUUCCCCAUGUAGUUCCGUCUCCAUCAACAUAUGUGACUGGGGAUCCGGAAAAUAUCACUAACAAUGCAAAUGGAUUAUUUGCACUUACGCACUUGCAAAUAAUAGCAUGUCCAGUUGACGCCCCAGGAGGACAGACAGCUCCUAUGAUAUUAGCUGUGUUCUCCUGCCCCAUUCACAAUGCGCACGGGCGGUCUCAUCUACAGCAUCCCACUGUACUUGCACGCUGGGAAUUUCGCACAGUCAACCAGAACCUUCACAGGAGCUUUGAUAGCAUCGUGUCGAAGCAAGCAUGUCAGCCAUUAUUGCCCAGCACCGAGUUAAAAAGGCAGGAGGACAUAUAUUUUGAGAGACAUGUAAUCUCUAUUGACUACAUGGAGGCCGGGAAUAUCCUUACCAUCACCACGGAGGACGGCAACAUUGCAUUCUAUGACGCGAAAAGUUUCACACCUCUAUCUGGGCCUAACGACGUUGAGACUGUUACAAGUCUACCACAAUCUGGCUUUACAUUCCCGGCAGCAAUUUCUCCAGUUGUGCAAGGAGUUCAUAUUUCAUUUUCACCGAGUGGCUGUAUCGCAGCCUCACUCGACGAGAAAUCCCAGGUCCAGAUUCGUAUCAUGGAACAUUCAUUCGGUACAGAAGAGGAUGGCCUAUUUAAUGAUGGAAAAUUUAUGAGCGCGCUUGCUGCCCUCACCAUGGCCUACUGCAGAGCAUGCAGCAGUGAUAGUAAUAAUGAUGAUAUUCUAAUGAUUGUUAUACAGCAGCUGAACCCAGAUUCUCAUAAGAAAUUUAUAAACGAAGUAUAUCGAGCUCUUUCGAUGAAUGUUGAUUUCACUGUCGACCAAGAUAAGCUCAUGAAUAAUCCAUAUAUCCUAAAAUGCUUUAGCAUGCAGGCUGCACUUGGAUUCAAAAACCAGCUUGAACGCCGUAGCCUUCCGGCGGCCAUUCCCUGGCUCACCCUCCAACUUCGACAGAUAUCCAUCCUACUGACAUAUUACUUCCAUCUUAACAAAGCUAAUACUGAGGUUGAGUGCCAUGAUCCUGAAGUUCUAUCGAUAACCCUGGGAAAUGUGAAAUGGGCUCUUGACCUUGCUAAAUAUCUUGUUGACGAUCUUUUCGAGAUUUCUGACAACUUUAACAGCCAGACGGGUAGCCAGGAGUCAGGAUCUUCGUCAGGCAAACCAUACGAAUCACUGUCCCUGAUCCUCAUUAUCUCAAGCAUUCCACGGUCGUUCCUUAAAUAUAUAUGCCGUGGUCUCCGUGGCUUGACUAACGGAUUCAGGAAUGCAACGAAUCUCAGCAAUGAAUCAUACCAGAUGUAUUCCCAAAUAGUCACCGUGAUUGCGGAAUCCGCGCUGAAAGUUGAUGUAUAUGAGAAACUACUCGCAUAUGUUGACAACGAUAUUAAACACGCAUAUCAAAACGCUGGCUUCACCAACGCUGACCGUGCGGCCCCUGAACGCGAUCUACUUAUAAACGGCAGUAUACCCCCAGUCUUACAGCCAGCAGUGACUUCAAUUCUAACCAAAACCAUGCCUAUGAUCCGAAAUGAAGCCAACCCUAUGUACCUGUUUCUGCAGGAUUACAGCUGGUUGGGUGUUGGAGAUGACAAGCGGUCUGAUAUAUUCAGGCAAAAGUACGAGCUGGACAUACUUCGAAAGGUUUUGAUACCGUUAGAUGAGUCAAGGGGUGCUGCACGGCCGAGUAGAAGAUGCGUUCGAUGCUGUGGGGUGUCAGAGGAUGUUCCGCCAAAGUCUGUUGCGGCAGUGAGGAUGUUGAUGAGAACUGUAGUUCUUCGGGCGUGUACCUGCGGCGGAAUGUGGUCUAUGAGCAAUGCGAAUAGCCUGAGAGGCACUACGUUACCAGGAUGGAGACAAGCAGGGUAA